AUGCAGCUCACCAACAUCGUCGCCAUUGUCGCUCUCCUCGCCACCAGCGUUGCUGCCGGCCGUCCUGCCCGCCCCGCGCGCCCACACCGCCCUGACGGCCCAGUCUUCCAGAGCAUCUCCUGCUCUUCUGGCGGCCCCUUCUGCUGUGCUCCUGAAAGCACUCUCGGAACUACCUGCACUGCUAUGACCGGCAGCUCCGUCAGCUGCAACACCCAGAUCGUCUGCUGCAACAACAACGAGGGAACUCAAACCUGCUCUGCUACCCUCCAGCAGCCAGUUACCUUCGUCGGCCUGUAA